AUGUGGCAACAGAGCGUCUGCCGCCGCGCCGCCGCGCGCCGCGCCUUCGCGCACAGCCGUAUUUUCAGACCAGCCUUCGCGGAGUUCGCCGAGCGGCGCGAUCCCUUCGCCUUGAGGCGGGCCGCGGGCGGCGCGGCGGCGGAGGCGGUGGAGGCGGCGGCGGCGGGCGGCUGUUGCCAGACGGCGCGGCGGGCAGUGGCGGACGUCGCCGUCUCUGCCGUCCAAGAAUCCGCGAGACGAAGCGGCCGGCGAGCAGGGGUGUCGAACUCGGAACCGUUGUCCGCUGUGCCGCAGUCAGGACGCAGGGGGUCCCAUCGAACCUUCACCGGAGGACUCUGGGUCAUCGUUCCGCCAUGCUCGGCUGCCUGGGACUUCCGUCGGCGUCUUCGCCCUCGUUCCUUGGCACUGGAGAAGAAGAGACAACGACGCCUAGACGCCGUGCGGGAAGAGGAAGUUAGAAAAUGUUGCUCCAGUAGUGAAGUAGAUGGCCUUGCCAUAGAACCUGGAAGCACUGAAGGUAAAAAAACAAACAGGAAAGCGCCGAGACUUAACCAUAUUAAUGCCGAGUGGAUGCAAUACACAGGAAUAAACUUUCAUCGAAUAAAAAUUUCUGAUGAACAUAUGAAAGGAGUACAAAGCCGUGGUCCUCUUCUUCUCGACGAUUUUCCUUUUUCGUCGAAAGUUAGAGCAGACAUGUGUCACGGCGUGCAAACUGCUUUUGAGGGGACAACCGUGUAUUUCUACUGAAGACGUAUGAAUCGAGUUCCCAGUUCACUGCACCGACUUUUUCUACUGCCUGUCGCCUCGGCAGCCAACGCGAGAGUGCAGUCGGCCCAUUCGCCGCCCCGCCCACCACGGCAUCCCCUCCCGCCCCUCCCGC